GAGAGGCAGGAUGUUACACCCCAGCGUAUUGCUAUUUCUCUGUGAUCUGUACCUCAAGGAGAGCUCAAGGGUAACUGGCGAUAUCCAGAAAGUCUGCUUUUACUUGUUCGGAACUUCUAAUUUCUUUUGAAAUUCAUGAAAACUUAACUUACAUUUGCACAGCUUGUUUGAUAAUUUAUCUUCGUUCUGACAAUGGCCAAACAAGGAACUGGCAAGAAAGCCCCAAACAUUGAACUCUUCAUUAAGGCUAGUUUUGAUGGAGAGAACAUUGGAAACUGUCCAUUUUGCCAACGCUUAUUCAUGGUUUUGUGGCUGAAAGGGGUUAAAUUCAAUGUAACAACAGUGGAUAUGAAAAAGAGACCUGCAGAAUUGCUCCAUCUAGCUCCAGGCACCAAUCCACCAUUUCUUAUUUUCAAUGGGGAAUUAAAAACUGAUUUCAUCAAGAUUGAAGAGUUUCUUGAAGAGACAUUGGCUCCACCCAGUUACCCACAUCUCACACCACGUCAACCAGAAUCGUAUCAUGCUGGCAGUGAUGUCUUUGCCAAGUUUUCAGCAUACAUCAAGAACACAAGUAAAGUUGCCAAUGAAAAAUUUGAAACUGCUUUGCUGAAGGAGCUGAAAAGAUUGGACAACUACCUGAAAGAACCUCUUCCUGAUGAAAUUGAUGCCAACAGCACAGAGACUGUUCUUGUCUCCAAAAGAAAAUACCUGGAUGGAAAUGAGCUCACACUGGCCGACUGCAACCUGUUACCUAAGCUUCAUAUCAUCAAGGUGGCUGCCAAGAAAUACCGGAAUUUUGAGAUUCCUAAAGAAAUGUCUUCUCUCUGGCGUUAUCUGAAAAAUGCAUAUGAGCGAAGUGAAUUCAAGUGUACCUGUCCAUCCACUGAAGAGAUUGAAAGGGCCUACGCCGAUAUUGCCAAAGAAAUGCAAUGAUGAUAACUGACUCACAUUG